CGGGAGCAGCCCCCAUGGGCUCGGAGCCCGGCUGGUGUCUGCUGCUCUGUUUGGCGCUCUCCGGGGCAGCAGGGAGUGAGCCCCCCACAGCUGAAAGACGGCAGCCCACGGACAUAGUCUUAGACUGCUUCUUGGUGACAGAAGACAGGCAUCGAGGGGCUUUUGCCAGCAGUGGGGGCAGGGAGAAGGCCUUGCUUGUGCUGAAGCAGGUGCCGGUGCUGGAUGAUGGCUCCCUAGAUGGCAUCACCGAUUUCCAAGCAAGCACAGUGGCCAAAGAUGACCCACCAAUUAUCUUCGAGGCCUCAGUGGACUUGGUCCAGAUCCCCCAGGCGGAGGCCCUGCUCCACGCCGACUGCAGCGGGAAGACAGUGACCUGUGAGAUCUCCCAGUAUUUCCUCCAGGCCACACGAGAGGCCACUUUUGAGGGAGCAGCUUGGUUCAUCAGCAACAUGCAGGUAUCUAGAGGGGGCCCCAGCGUCUCCAUGGUGAUGAAGACUCUAGGAGAUGCUGCCACUGGAGCUGUCCGGCACCCUGCGCUGAACCUACCCCUGAGUCCCCAGGGUACUGUGAGGACUGCAGUGGAGUUCCAGGUGACAUCAGAGACCCAAAGCCUGCAUCGUCUGCUGGGGUCCUCCGUCUCCCUGCACUGCAGUUUCUCCAUGGCACCAGGCCUGGACCUCGUGGGUGUGGAGUGGCGGUUGCAGUAUAAAGGCAGUGGCCAGCUGGUGUACAGCUGGCAGCCAGAGCAGGCACAGGCUAAGCGCAAGGGUGCUACGCUGGAGCCUGAGCAGCUGCAUGCGGCUGGGGAUGCCUCUCUCACCUUACCCAACCUCACUCUAAAGGAUGAGGGGACCUACAUCUGCCAGAUCACUACCUCUCUGUACCAAACUCAACAAAUCAUCCCACUUGACAUCCUAGCUCCCCCCAAAGUACAACUGAACUUGGCAAACAAGGAUCUGCCACCCUCCGUCAUCUGCAGUGUCACGGGCUAUUACCCUCUGGAUGUGGUGGUGACAUGGAUUCGAGAGGACCCGGGUGGAAUUCCAGCUCAAGUCUCUGGUGCCACCUUCUCCAGCCUCAGGCAAAGCAUGAUGGGAACCUACAGCAUCUCUUCCACCGUGAUGGCUGAGCCUGUCCCCACAGGCGCCACUUACAUCUGCCAAGUUAGCCACGUCUCCCUGGAGGAGCCCCUCCGAGUCAGCAUGAGGGUUUUCCCCGACACAGAGCAGAGAACGGCCUUUGGAGUCAUCUGCGGCAGCAUCCUCUUCCUUCUCGCCCUGUUGUUUCUGAGGCUUCAGAGACGGCAAGCUUCUUUGCCAAGGUCCACCAAGACUAUGAGACACUCUGGGUAGCCGCUGUCUUGCCUCCAAGUGAAAAGCAGAGUACCCAUGUUCUAGCUACUGAAAGGAUCCUGUGCUGAGGUGUGGGACUGAAAAAGGCCUGAAGGAGACACCACAUACUGGAGUGAGGUGGUGGUAGUGGUCUGGACAGGCCUCUGCCUUCUUUCACUAUGAGAAGACCCUGGGCUAAUGAGCAGGGAGAUAACAGCGGAGGGCGGAACUAUCUGAGUAGAGGCUAACACUGACGGCCAUGUUUAAAGUGAGGUAUUGAAAGUCCAAGACCAGGCCAGUGAAGGGAAGGGGGAGGAGAGGAGGGACUGGCCACCACUCACAAACUCUUAACGCUGUCAAAAUAAAAACAAUUUGUGUCUACAGAGCGAAGCUUUUCCACUUUGUCCCCCUCCCUGCUGGUCCAACAGAUCCCUGGGUCCCCAUCCCUAGCUGCUCCAACUUGCAGUUUCAAGAUCUGAAGCAGAGGUGCCCAGAGGCCUGCCAGGGCUACACCCCGUUGUACAAUCAGAACUGAAAGUCCUGACCCUUCAGACAACUGCCAGGAGUUUUGUGAUUCUCAGACUAUAUUCCCUCAGCCACAGGAGAGGCUUCUUGUGCUCAUUUCUACGAAGUAUGCUGUGGAUACAGUACAACUCAGCAUAUAAAAACUGGAUUAUUGGGCUGGGCAGUGGUGGUGCACGCCUUUAAUCCCAGCACUCGGGAGGCAGAGCCAGGCGGAUCUUUGCGAGUUCAAGGCCAGCCUGGUCUACAGAGCGAGUUCCAGGAAAGGCGCAAAGCUACACAGAGAAACCCUGUCUUGAAAAAACAAAAACCAAAAACUGGAUUAUGAAGUCUAUUAUCAAAAAAAUAAAACAGGGAAGUAGCUGGAAAGUUCUUCUGUGUUCCACUCAGUCCACAGCUGCUCAGAUCCAUGUAAACACACAUAGGCCUAUAUUAACUAAAACUGUAUGGCCUAAUGGGAUAGCUCCCUGGCUAAGAGCACCGACUGCUCUUCCAGAGGACCUGGACUUGGCUCCCGGCAUCCACAUGGCAGCUCAUUACCAUCUAUAACUUAUUCUAUAACUUCUUCUGACCUCCUUGGACACCAGGUAUGCAUGUGGUACCCA